AUGUGUAGCAAAAUCACAGACGAAUUUGGGUCGUCUGCUUGCCCACCAGACGGCGACCAGGGCUUGAUUUGUUCAAAGCCCGUCAGUCCAAGCUGUACUUCGGUCCCAAUAGUUUAUACCGCGGAUAUUCCAAAUACAGUUUAUGAAGAAACAGGAGAUGGCGACUGUGAUUCACCAUAUUAUGUCAUUAUCAACGACAACGCCAUCAAAAGAGUAACAGAAGAAGAGUUACAGAUGAUGGAGAAACGGAGUACCCACAAAGCGGGGGCGGAAGCAGACAUUGAAAAACUUAAAAGAUCAGUUCAGAACGAAGAAGCCACUACAGGCUUGGAUAGUUCGUUGGGCGAUGACAAUCUUUUAGCUCACAUUUCCAGACAAGUUGGUAUACAACAACAAUUGUUAUGUUCUGCUAUGGAUGGAACCUUACAAGAAAGUUUCACCGAGAAGGGCUUGCCACAGUACCAGAUUGAUGACAGAGAAGACCCAGUGAGUGCAAGCAGUGUGAAUGACCAUUAUACAAUACUUCCCAAUCUACUCAAUCAGCCAAAUAUCCCAAUGUCUUGGUCAGUAGGUUUGACGCCCACAGUUGCCACUGCAAACCUCCAGUCUACACCAGUAAACGCUGCAGUACAUCUGCCUGGUUCAAUUCUCCAUCCACAGAAUGGCACAAGUCUGGUUACAAGCACUCCUGUAACCAGUCAGAGAACCUUACAAUCUCUCCCAGUUACUGGAUCAGACCACUGCCUGUUCACACCCCAUCCCAAAACUGGACAGCUGUUGUAUUUAGCACCACCUGAUGGCUCAUCACCUCAACUGUUCCAGCAACUUACUCCUACAGUCAAUACCCCAAACAACUCUACUUUUGUGACACCAACUCUUCGAGACCACAGUAAGAAACCAGUGAUGAAAUUAAACAGCAGUGGAGAAGAUGAGGACAGUUCUAACAACUGUUCUUCAGACGGUCCACCAACUCCUCUGGACUCGAGCUCAGACCGCGACAGCAUUCAAUUUGAGCUGCCAUUAUUUAACAACCCUGGAGAGGAGAGUAGGGAGCAACACAAUAUGAAGGAAAGACGCAGAAGACUAAGAAUCAAGGAUGCCUGUGAUGUGAUGCGUAAACUAGUCCCUGGAAUGUCUGACAAAACGGACAAAGCUACAGUGUUUGAGUUUGGAGCCAGAUACAUCCAUUUUUUAAAAGGAUUUGUUGGAAAUAAGCACGACAAGGAAUUUCUUAUCAAGUACAGUCCAUAUUGA